UAAAUUGGACUUGGCAAGGAGUCCUCCAUUGGCUUUGGAUGUUGCUCCCGAAACGGUGUGGGCACAGCUUGAAAGGAAACAGAGAAGAGAAAAGGUCAGUUGCAGAGCAUAACAGGAAACAGCCCAGGACGUCGAUCGGUUAACAUGGCUCUCUCAUCAUCAACAUCACAAAAAGGCGUAGUAAUAACAAUACCAGCACUGGUGCUCUCUGUCUCAGCUGCCGCAAUUUUCCUCUUCUUCCUCUUGUCCACUCUCUCCACUUGUUCAUGUCCUCCUUCUGCGGCCACUGCUUCAACUGGUGCCGCCGCCGUAUCGAGGGGUGGGAAAUACGGGGAGGUUAGUACGCAGAGGUUUUCGCCGACGCAGGAUGAUAUAAAGUGGAUUAGGGAUCAGAUCCGACUGAAUGGUAUCCAAAUGCAACCGAAUGUGCUUCGUAAGGGCAUCAAUCCCCGCACUAGGGCUCGACAGCUCCAGGAUCUCAUUCAAUUCAAGGGUAUUUCACAUUAUGAAGAACCUGAAUCAAACAAUCAUACUGCCCUUCAAUGUCCAGGUGAACUGCUUGUUGAAGAGCACCACAGCAACUAUGGGGAGCCUUGGGCUGGCGGGCGAGAUGUAUUUGAGUUCCUAGCGGAGUCUACACACCUUACUCCUGACUCACGUGUUCUUGAAAUUGGGUGUGGCACACUCCGUGUUGGCUUACAUUUUAUUCGCUAUCUUAGUACUGAACAUUUCCAUUGCCUUGAAAGAGAUGAACUCUCUCUCAUGGCUGCAUUCAGGUAUGAGCUUCCUUCUCAGGGCCUCUUGCACAAGCGUCCUGUAAUUGUGAAAGGUGAGGACAUGGAGUUCUCCAAGUUUGGCACAGGAGUUGUUUAUGAUCUGAUUUAUGCAAGUGCUGUUUUCCUUCACAUGCCUGAUAAACUGGUUUGGCUUGGUUUGGAGAGGUUAGCAAAUAAGUUGAAACCUUAUGAAGGGCGGAUCUUUGUAUCCCAUAACAUAAAGUUUUGUUCGAGAUUGGGAGGAGACGAAUGCACAAAGAGGCUUACAAGUUUGGGGCUAGAGUAUAUUGGAAAGCAUACACAUGACAGCUUACUUUUUAAUCAUUAUGAGAUUUGGUUUGAGUUUAGGCGGUCUAAAGCUUAGGUGGUUGUGAAUUAUAUUUUUCAGAGUGUACCUUGGCAGUCCUAGAAACCAGAAAAGAGGUGGUGGAUAGCCUCUGAGAAUAUGGACUGUAGAUUAGUUCCUUGACACUUGUACCAGAUUGGCUUUUCAUUGCCUUGUCAAUAGAUUCGAGUAGAGGAGAUGGAUUGAUAGAGCUAAUCUUGAGAUGUUUAUUUCAGUGGUUUAGUCUACAUGCUUUUAGAGUGAAUGAAGACCUUGUACUUGACAAAAGGAGGGACGCAGACGCAGUAACUUUGAUAGUUGUUUUACUACGGAUGCAAAUGGGGGAGCUUGCCACCUUCUGCUAUUUUUGAUUGUCAAAUUAUUUAAUAUCCUGUUCAAAAUGCAAAUACUAUUUAUAGAAACAAAGUUUUGUUUUUUAUAAAGUUCCUGCUGUUUAGCAAAGUACCUCUUCGAUAUAUAUUGAAUGCUAUUUUUU